AUGGAUAGCAUCCGGAGAGCCUACGACAUUGUGUUUUAUGAGAGAGCAGAUCACAGAGUCAAAGAUUGGGCCCUGAUGACAUCACCGAAGCCCCUGGCUGCAAUUAUAGUGACAUAUCUGGUCACCAUAAAGUUGAUUCUACCAGCUUACAUGAGGAACAGAAGGCCGUAUGAACUAAGGAGUCUUAUCAAGUGGUACAAUGUCUUGCAGAUCAUCUCCAACGCUGUUGUCACUUGGGGGAUAAUGACUUCAGGGUGGACGACCACAUAUCACUUCGGCUGUAUGCUACCAGAUUACUCUAUGAACCCAGAGGCAUUAAGAAUGCUUAGGUUUCUCUGGUGGACUAUCAUGCUGAAGCUCUUGGAGUUAUUCGAGACUGCCUUCUUCAUACUGCGAAAAAAGGACCGACAAGCUUCCUUUCUCCACGUGUACCAUCAUGUCAGCACUCUGAUCAUCGUGUGGUCUGCUUUGAAAUAUGUUGGGGGCCCGAGCGUACGGCGCGUAGCGUUCCGCGCGCGCCUCAAAGAGCCAAUAGACCACCACAGACGGGGCCCUAAAGGGCUGAUGUUCAGCCGGGGUUGCGGGGUAAGCGCAAUAAGGUACCGCGACCUCGGCACAGAGCAGGAGAAGGAACAGGGGGGUGGCAUAACUUCAUUCUCGCCGAUGAUAAACAAUGCGGUACACGUUAUCAUGUACAGCUACUACCUACUGUCAGCUGAGGGAAGCCCCAAAAUGAAGGCAAUCCUAAUUAAAUACAAGAAAUGGCUGACAAUUAUGCAAAUGGUGAUAGCUAACAAUGAUAAGCCUCUAAGUCUCAGAAAUUACAUGAAAAAGCUUAGCACAGAACUGAUAUCACCUUGGAUGGAGAAAAGGUUAGAAGCUCCUACUCUUAAAAGACAUGUCCGUGUAAAUAUCCAAGAUUUGCUACCAAAAACUAAUACUGUAGAUAAUAGUGAAGAACCAGUAAUCAAAAAGAAGAGAUUAUUGUGCGUAUUGUCCGUCAAAAAUAAGACAUGUUAUAAAUGCAAUAAAAGCAUUUGUAGUGAACACAAAUCUGAUAUAUGCAAAGGCUGUAUCUAA